AUGUCCCGAAGUUUCCUCGUGGACUCACUAAUCGGCAACAACUCGCCACCAGCGUAUCCAUUACCUUACUACGGAAAUCAAUUGCCAAGCUAUAUGUUUAACUUUUUUAAUCUGGGUCUGGGCUAUCAGCCGAUUAGACCGGUGCCUAGGCCGGCCGCCAUGUCUGUCCCGGUUCCCAUUAGCCCGCCGGCUUCUUUGGGGAACUUGCCUGUUCCUGGUCAAAGUCCUCCGUCGCCUUUGAACACUUCGGCUAGCAGGCUGUCAGAUGUUUCAGUUCCGAGCGAAUCGCCGUCCAGAAACAGCACCCCAACUCCACCUCCGAAAUCACCGAAUUCCAUGGGGAACAGCUCGAAGAGGAUUCGCACCGCUUUCACCAGUACUCAGUUGUUAGAGCUGGAACGCGAAUUCGCUUCGAACAUGUAUCUAUCACGACUACGAAGGAUCGAGAUCGCGACAAACUUGAGGCUGUCCGAGAAGCAGGUGAAGAUCUGGUUCCAGAAUCGCAGGGUGAAGUACAAGAAAGAAGACUUGCCUGCUGGCCAGAGUCAAAAAUGUUGCUGCCUCAGGACUUGUGGGAAGAAGAAGGACGGAUGUGAAGAUGCAUCUAAUCGGAAGUGUGAAGACGAAGAAAAAUCGUUGAAGAAUGAGAAAGCGGAAACAUCCGCGGACCUGGUUAGCCAUGAAGAAUCUUCCAAUCCUAUAACAGAAGGGUUCGAGCGAUCGAUAACGUUGCCGCAGGACAAUUUGCACAUCCAUCAGAAUACCGAAGAAAAAUUAAAUGUUCCGAGGGUCAGUCCUGUUCCCGAAUAUCCUGGUUAUGAGGCAGUGGCGCACAAUUUAUCCAGGACUUUGAAGAGGACCAUGAGCGAGCGAGAGGAGCCGGACGAUAAAAAGAGACGGAUCGACAGCUUGGUUGCUUAUCAGAACACGAUUCAGGACACCGUUGGCCCAGUGUUCAGGAACAUUGGAUGUACUAAGCAUACCGUAGAAAGAAUUGUUAAUUCUUAG